ACGAUGAGGACAGCGGUUAAUUUUAUAUUUUUCAUAGUUUUUGCUUUCGGAAAGGAGAUUGAAGAAACACUAGAUGCGGCAGACACAAUAUCGCAUUAUGGAUAUACGGUUGAAAAACAUUAUGUAACUACUGAUGAUGGAUAUACUGUACAACUUCAGAGAAUUCCAGUUGGAAGAGAUGAUAGAUCAAUACUUGGAUGUUCAAAACGGCCUGUAGUAUUUUUUAUGCACGGAUUAUUUGGAUCCUCAUACCAUUUUCUUCUCAAUCUUCCAUCUCAAAGCGCCGCUUACAUUUUUGCGGAUGCUGGAUUUGAUGUUUGGCUUGGAAAUAUCAGAGGAACUGAAUACGGACUCAAUCAUACUAGCUUCAGCACUAAUGGAGUAAACUUUUGGAAUUUCAGCUUAUACGAGCAUUCUCAUUAUGAUCUCCGUCAACAAAUUGAAUAUGUGCUCGAUUAUACAAGACAUGAGUCGUUGUUUUAUGUUGGUCACAGUCAGGGCACAGCUGUCAUGUUUGCAAGACUUGCUGAAGCAGACGUCACGUGGCAGAGCAAGAUCCGAGUUUUCUUCGCAUUGGGUCCAACGGCUGGAUUUAUGAAGCCAUUGAUGCCAUUUACAUUACUGGAAGAAAAUUAUUUGCAAGCAUUGAUUCAGUUCGCACUUGAUGGAAAAUUCGGGAUUCUUCCUGUAGAGAUACCAAGAGCAAUUGCUUCGAAAUUCGCCGACUUUUGUUCUUCUAAAUUUUUUACAUUUUUGUGUUCGGCUGGAUUCAAAGUUGCAGCUGGUAUUGAGACACUCGGCCAGGUCAAUGAUUCAAGAAUUCCAAUCAUUCUCAGUCAUUUUCCAUCUGCGACAUCUACAUUGAAUCUGUUACAUUGGAUGCAGAUAUUUAAGUAUCAUGAAUUAAGAAGAUUAGAUCUGGGAACUGCAAGAAAUUUGAUUGCUUACGGGCAGAAGGAUGCGCCAAGACUGGAAAUUGGAAACAUUAUAGCCCAGACUAUCUUGUAUUUUAGCAAAGAUGAUCAAAUCACCGAUGAAGUUGAUGUACGGGAAAUUAUAAUGAAACAGAUGGGUCCUGGACUUAUUGAGAGUUAUGAUCUAGAUCAUUUCACUCAUUUUGAUUUUAUAUUGGGAUUACGUGCAACUGAUGAAGUUUAUAAGCCAAUUGUAUAUAGAAUUUAUAAGGAAUUGAAGAAGAAGGGUUGUUGA